AUGCUUCCUAAAUUUUAUCGAUUAGCCGGCGCAGCAGAUGGCCGGCUGGGCCCCAGGCCGCCGUCUGCGACCCUCCCGCGCUGCACCGCUAUCCUCGCCUCACCCCCGAUUGAGAUCUAUCCUCCCAAAACGUCCCCUGCACCGAACUGGAUUAUGCGAUUUAUAUUAAGUUUCCGCAAUUUCCAUUUAGAGGGACUUAAAAGCUACACGCUUAUGAACAUUUGCGCGGCGAAUUCGGUAGAUGCUUUGUAA